UGAAAAGAAAACCUAACAGGGUCUUGACUGGGGUACAUAGCUAGACCGAGCGGCUGAGAGUAAGCAUCUAUCAUAGCUUCUAAUAUUCAACCAUUGUCAUAGCCCUGUUUUUCUCUUUUACCUUUCGUCUUAAUACUCCUUCGUAGAUACUGUUUGUUUCGAAGGAGAUUCAUGCGUAUAUGUAAUAGUAAUCGAGUUUGCAAAGGUAUGUGUAUGGUUUUAUUUUCAGGUACCCGAGUGUCUUGGCCAUUCUCAGCCUCCAUCUGAUAUUCUACUGUCUAACCCCACCGCUCGAAGAUAUCUAAUACAGACCUCUUCAAUCUCAUCAGUCCUAAAUCCUCAUCGUCACAGAAUGUACGCGUUAAAGAGGUUUGCGUUCUGAAAAGAUUAUAUAUACCUACUUGUUAGGCUAUGUCUAGUGGGACUACUCCUUUUCUCGUUAGGAAUCUUCUUGGUUACCUAAUAUCGCAAUAUAUCUUUGGGAUUUAAUACUGCGGGAACACGAAAGUUUUGCCGAGACAGCUCAACUAGCCUCGCCAAGGAACUGUCAAAAUGGCUGAGGAUCUUAGUGAUAUCGACAUCAAUCUUGAUACGAGUAUAAUUCGAGAGUGGAGAUCAAUCGUCACCCUCGUUGUUUUCGUCAUCACUAAUAUCAUUGUGCUUUUCCCCUUUCAUAUCCCGUUGUACAUUCCUAGGGUAAUCUCCAAUGCCAUACUAAAUGCUCUGGUUGCUUUGCGGGUGAUAGGCCCACGGCAAAAAGGCUCUCAGUAUGAGGCUGACCUUGAUAAUGAUCACAACGAGGAGCAGCAUGGCAUAGCUAGGCAUUUUGUACGACUAAGAUUCCCUAUGAAUUUUGUGACAGCGCCCCUGAUAGCGGAUCUCUUUCUACUAGCUAUUCUAGCAAUUGGCCGAGAGGAGGUGUACGGUGGUACGAUUGGUGCUAACCACAUCUCGCCCAUCGACAUCAUGGCCUUUUUCAUAACGCUGGCGUACAUCGCUAUCUCUAUCGAUGCUUCUGGUCUUAUCAGAUACCUCGCAUUUAAGGUGCUCCAAAAAGGAGGGAAGUUUGGCCACAGGCUCUUUUUUUACCUGUACGCCUUCUUUUUUAGCUUGGGCACAUUUAUCGGCAACGAUCCCAUCAUCCUAUCUGGCACGGCCUUUCUUGCGUACAUGACCCGGGUCUCGAGCAACAUCAUACAUCCCAGGGCGUGGAUUUUCGCCCAAUUUGCGGUAGCGAAUAUUGCAUCGGCGAUUUUAGUGUCGUCUAAUCCUACCAAUCUUGUUCUCGCAGGCGCUUUCAAUAUUAGGUUCAUCGAUUACACCGCCAAUAUGAUCGUCCCUGUCGUUAUCACAGCGAUUGUACUUUUCCCCUUCCUCCUUUACAUCGUGUUCGCGGAUGAGACCCUUAUCCCCCUCUCAAUCCAGAUGCAUGAGCUUUCGGAGGAGGCAAAAGCUAGGAAACCUGUUAAUCCCAACAUUCCUCAUGCUAGGGGAAACGCUGAGGAACAGGAGGAUGAUCCGGCAAAUAGCGAGCAAAGCAAGUUAUUGUCCUUGGAAGAGAUCAUGAACCCUUUCCUAGAUAAAGGCGGUGCAGGUUUCGGAGCCGUCAUCAUGGCUGCAACACUUAUCACAAUCCUUGCGAUCAAUGCUGCCAGUCAGAGUACCGGUGAACACCCUGUCUUUUACGUGACUCUACCAGCCGCAUUCGUCAUGUUCUGCUGGGAUGUUACAUUUGGAUGGAUUCAUCGCGAAGAGACGCGAAAGAUCGCCCGUGAUGGCCGACGUGAUAUCGAACGAGCUCGGGCUGAGCGACUUGCUAGGGAACUUGAAGAAUUGGAGGGGAUUACUUCAAGUCAAAACCGAGAGCAAGAGCAGAAAAGUUGUGUUAAUACUCAACCUAGCACGUCACACAGCCGUUCGCUAGAUACCAAAUCGCAGAAUCAGAAUGACACUACCAGUGGUAUUAGAUCCCGCGCAAGCCUAGCCGGUUCAAAUACGGAUGUUGAGACUACUAUAGGAGCCGAGAAAGCCAGUAUAAAGCCGCCAAGUGAGGAAGUUCAAUUACACGACGGCCACUCUACUAACGCGACGAACACGCUUGGCGAACACCAGAGAUCAAUCCAUGAAGACUCAUCUAAACCAUCGGAGGGUAUAUUAAGCGGAGAGUUAGGUGAAAAGAGCCGAGUGCCAUUCGAACGAGAGAUAGAUGCGGAAAAGCAACCUCGUUACAGCGUCGCGAUCCAGCAAGAAAAUGAGAAAGCGACGCUAGUAUCGCUAACUAUAGACGGUUAUAGAUGGGCACAGGAGACAUUCCCAACGGCAGCAGUAGUUAUGAGCCAUUUACCUUUCGCACUCGUCCCCUUUGCCUUCUCCAUGUUUGUCCUCGUACAAGCUUUGGUUACGAAGGGUUGGGUGCCCGUGUUUGCUUACGGUUGGGACCACUGGGUGAAUAGGACGGGAACGAUUGGCAGUGUUGGCGGGAUGGGAUUCCUUUCCGUAAUACUUUGCAACUUCGCGGGAACCAACAUUGGUACCACCAUCCUUCUCUCCCGCGUAAUACAGGCGUGGCAGAAGAUUCACCAAGCCAAUAACACACCAAUCUCCAACCGGACCUUUUGGGCUACGGUUUACAGCAUGGCACUUGGCGUCAACUACGGCGCGUUCAGCACAGCUUUCAGUGCAUCCCUAGCCGGCCUCCUCUGGCGCGAUAUCCUCGCCAGGAAACAUAUCCGUGUGCGAAGGCUCGAUUUCGCCCGUGUGAAUCUUCCGAUCAUCACGAUUUCUAUGGUUGUCGGUUGUGCUAUUCUUGUUGGCGAGGUCUAUAUUAUUAGGCCUACUACCGCUUAUGACGCAUGAUUGCAGCAUUUGUUAAGCCCGCAUAGAGUUUUGGUAUGAUUGAUGAUAUCUGAUAGAGGUUGCAUAUGAAUAAUGAUAUUUCAUGACAUUUUUUGGCUACACGAUUUGAUGGCUAUUCGUAUAUGUGCAGGAUUGUGUUCACUUUGGUGGCGAGGAAGUCCCUCGACUUCUACAGAGCUGAUUUACAUUUACAGAGCUUAUUACCAGCGCGACCUGUCCCAGGUCCUAUUACGAGUAUCGAUAGUUCGCGCAUAAGACCCCGAGGUGCAGCAGCCACUCCCGAGAGACCCCGUUCCGUGGCUGCAUGAAGGGUCCGAUAUCUCCGUAUAGAAUCAUGAUGCUAGAUUAUUGUGGUUUUUGGGCGAGUUAGGCAUUAUUGACACUCAUUUUCAGGCAGUUUCUAUUUUCUCACACUUUGACAACUAAUUUCGAACGAUUACAGGUAUCUAGGAUGUAGAUAUUGAUAUAAAAUGUUGACCGAAGUAGUAACAGAGACUAAAAAUACUCUACCCAGGGAGUUAGGAUCGGGCAAGCUGCGCUAUAUCGCACCCGGAUCCGUUUAAACAAGUCCGCACAACCUCCAUCUACCAGCUAUAACUGAAUUGCCUGGUACAGAGGGUGAAGCAACCCGGGAGUCUUUGGAGAUUAGGUGUCUUUGUAUUUGGUAGCGCCGAGCUUCGUAUACUCUCCCUGCACUCUUAUUUACUGUUAUACC